AUGGAGGGGCAGACCGGGGUGGUGGUCCCUCUCUACAAGAAGGGGGACCGGAGGGUGUGUUCCAAUUAUCGUGGGAUCACACUCCUCAGCCUCCCCGGUAUUAAUCAAGGAAGCUGUUACAGAAUCAACCACUUUCCAGAUGACAAUGACUAUGACACAGACAGCUCAGAAUACCUACUACGUAUUGUCCGGGCCUCCAGCAUGUUCCCCAUCUUCAGUACUGUCCUGCUGAUGCUGGGCGGCCUGUGUGUCGGAGUGGGUCAUCUCUACAAUAAAACUAACACAGUCCUUCUAAGUGCAGGGAUCCUCUUUGUAGCAGCAGGCCUAAGCAACAUUAUAGGAAUUAUUGUGUAUAUCUCCAGUAAUGCUGGUGACCCCAGUGACAAACGGGAUGAUGACAAGAAAUACACUUACUCUUACGGCUGGUCCUUCUACUUUGGCGCCCUCUCCUUCAUUGUGGCAGAGACUGUGGCAGUGCUCGCCAUUAACAUUUACAUUGAGAAAAACAAAGAAAUACGUUGGAAGGCCCGACGAGAGUUUAUCCGGUCGCUCUCCUCCUCCUCCCCUUACUCCAGGAUUCCUAGUUUUCGUUAUCGCCGGCGGGCAUCCCACACAAGUUCUCACUCGACUGAAGCCUCCCAUGAAAACUCUCCAGUCGUGGGCCUAAAGAGGGCACCGUCUUCCAGCGGACCGCUAGAUGAACUGUCCAUGUAUGCAUUAGCCCGAGACAGUGUCACUGAAAACACAUACAGCCCAGAGCACGAGGCAGCCGCUGAGUUCCUACAGCUUCUGUGCGGCAACCAUGGCGCCAACCAGCUCGAGCAUACUGUAGAGGCACACGGCAGAGUCGGCGAAAGAGAACGGUCCAAAGAAAGCUGUAGCGCUCUCCUAACGGGAUCCUCAGAACCAGUGACCUCGGCUGACCUCACCAAACCAGACAUGUUUGAGGAGCAGGCGACCAAGGUGAAGAUCACAUCCGUGGUGAUCGUGGUGGGCAUGUCGUCCAUGCUGGCAGCUGUGGUAACAGACCACUGGGCCGUGCUCAGCCCCCGUGUUGAGAAGCUCAAUGCCACCUGUGAAGCAGCGCAUUUUGGCCUCUGGAGGCUCUGCAAGAAGAGUAUCUACAUCGUACAGCAGGACCCCCAGGGCAAAGGCUGCGGCCCCAUCAGCUUACCCGGAGAGUACAACAUCUCUGCAGCCGCCAUCGCCAUCUUCAGCCUCUUCUUCAUGAUCCUGGGCACGCUCUGUGUGGGCUUCUCCUUUGGGAAGGGCCGGGACUACCUGCUCCGCCCGGCUGGGAUGUUCUUUGCCUUCGCAGGUCAAACAUAG